UUUGUUAAUAACGACUGUUAUCCUCUCUGCCCAUUUUCUUGAACUUUAGUGCAAAAUGUAUUCUUUUAAAAUACAAGAACUGUAAAAUUUCAGACUAAACACCAAUAUGUCAAAUAUAUUAAGAAACGAAUCGUUUCUAAAUGACUAAGAUAAAUAGAAAUGUGGACUUCACCUGUUGAAGUAUAAAUAUGUACAAAAUCAAAUAGCAUUUGUAAGAGUAAAUUAAGUGCAAUUUGUAUUUUAUUAGUGAUUUUCACAUCUAUAGCAACACAUUUAACAUAUGCAAGCGAUGUGCUUGAGCAACCGCGGGGCUGUUUGUGGUUGGUUGAGGUAUUUGACACCUUCCAGUUGCAAUUACCGAAAUUGCACAUGCAAAAAUGCAGCACUACAAGAUGCUAGGCUCUUUCUUUCAGCCUUCUGUUUUAAAUCUUGAAUGCUAAGAUAUGUUUUGAAAACAUUGGUCUGCGACGUGAUUUCUCAAUCGUAGCAAGGUUUUAGUGACAUCUGGCGUUUGGUUUUACGCUCCAUUUACCCUGCAGCGACAUCUCGCGGUUAGAUCCUGUCUACUGGAAACGCGCGACGUGUUUGUUUGUGUGGCUGGUAGUGUGUUUACCGAUAGAGGGAUACAGAGACAGGAUCACUUUCAAACGUUAUCUCACUUCUUGAGGUUUUGCUUUAAUCGCCGAGUAGCGUUAUCUUGAGGAGAAUUACACAUUUUGUUUGCAGCAGGAGGGAUUUUUGUCAUCAUGGCCGAACAUUUAUCCCAGAGUGAACUGGACUACCCUUUCAAACUUAUGGAAUAUUUAAACGGAUUCAGGAUCUCCAAGGCGAUAUUCUCAGCGUGCGAGUUAGGCGUGUUUGACCUUCUGCUAGAGUCCCAAAAGCCCCUGACUGCAGGUGAGGUGGCACAGAAGCUUGGUACCAGUGGAGAUGGAAUUGAACGUUUACUGGAUCUGCUGGUUGCCAUUGAGAUUUUGGAAGUGGAACUUAUGCAAGGAACAGCUUAUUAUAACAGUACAGAUGUUGCUAAUCUGUACUUGGCUAAAUCCAGCCCCAAAUCUCUACACAGUUUAAUCAUCUAUCAUUCUCAAACCACCUAUCCGCUCUGGAACAAUCUGGUAGAUGCUGUUAGGGAAGGAAAAAACCAGAAUGAGAAAACGUUCGGUCUUCCGUCUGAAGAAAUCUUCUCUGCCAUAUACAGGUCAGAAGAGGAGAUGCUGAAGUUUAUGGGUCUGAUGAACUCUACAUGGGUCAUUGAUGGCCAUGACAUAGCAACAGCGUUCGAUCUAUCCUGUUUCAAGUCUAUCAUAGAUCUGGGGGGCUGUUCUGGUGCAUUAGCGCGGGAGAUAGCAAAAGAAUAUCCAUCCUCUACCGUCAUGGUUCUGGAUCUUCCAGAAGUGAUCCAGUCCGCUCAGCGACAUUUCGCUCAGCAAAAUGACACCAUUUGUUUUCAAGAGGGAAACUUCUUCGAUGGAGAAAUCCCUUCUGCAGAUUUGUACAUUCUGGCCCGGAUAAUUCAUGACUGGAAAGAUGAUAAAAAUGUCAAACUACUGAAAAAGAUUCAUUCAGCAUGUAAUAAAGGUGGAGGUGUUCUGAUUGCAGAGGCACUGCUGUUUGAGAACCGGCGGGGUCCAACUAUGGUUCAGACAUUCUCUCUGAACAUGCUGGUCCAGACAGAAGGGAAAGAGCACCCACCCUCUUACUACACCCAUCUGCUCACUGAGGCUGGAUUCAGGGACGUGCAAGUUUAUCGGACCGGAAAAUCAUAUGAUGCUAUUCUGGCACUCAAAUGAACUUACAGCGAAGUCCCUUUGGUAUUCUGCCUCAGAUGCUAAGACACGUUAGUAAUUGGACUGAUGCACAUUUUCGACAUCUGUUGUUUCACAUAGUUUUGGGUAUACUGCAAGUUAUAUUGUUCUUUCCUUACAUGCAAAUAAUAAUGUUAUUCACCCAGUCUAUGUUAUUGACUCCAUAAAUAUUCAAAUAAGAACACAAACCCAGGAUACUUUAAACCCCACUAAUUGUUUGAUUAACCCCGGGGUAAACUAUUAAUAGCAUGAAACAUGAUAACCUUGGGUGUACCAAUUUUAGUACUUUUUUAGUUCUGGAUUUGAUGUAGUAUUUUCUAAUUCUAGAUCACAUUCUAGAUAGAACGUGGGAGUGUUGAGGAGGUCUUUUGAUCAUUGGCCAUGUUUCAAAAAUAAGCUCCUCCCUCCGUCCUGUCCUUUUUUAGACUUGGUUUCGUGCGACACCUAGUGGUGAUUUGUCGAAAUAACACAAAUAAUUUGUUUUUUAACGCAACAGAAAAAUAAAACAAAGUUAGCUGUUUUUGAACUCCUACACAUACUUCUAUUUCUGUCUAACUAACAUUUUAACCGUAUGAUUAAAUGAUUGUGAGUGGCGUGAAAUAUUCCUAACACAAUGCCCAGCCCUUUACAGGAGAAACAGGAAGAAUUAUUUGUAAAUUGUUUGUGUACUUUUUAGUGAAAACAUGCACCACCCUGACCUCGGGUUACACAUUUAUAUGUGUCCUAGAUUCAUUUUUAAUAAAAGGAAACAAUAAACAAU